AUGGGAAUUGCUUUUGGGAUAUAUAAACCGCCCAAUUUUCAUUUCAAAAUUCGCCAUUUUCGCCUCUUCCAAAGCUCUCUUUCUCUUUCAGUUCAUCAACGGCGUCUUCAAAAAUAUCAGAUUAAAAUACUAAAAAUGCCGGAAGCAAGAGACCGAUUAGCGAGGCCAAACAACGGAGUUGCAGAGAUAUACCGUAUUCGUCGGAGUUCGGUCGAUAGCGUAGGGAUUCUUCCGGACAAUGGUGAUAAUGAGAGGGGUUUUAACCAGACUCCUUUCAGGUGGGGUGCGACGCCGUUGACUGGUGGGACUUCAGGUCAACCGAUGGAUGGGGCCCCUUCUACUCGAACCAUUACCGGUGCCGCCACUAGAGGAGGUGGUGCUGGGAGGGGUCUUUUCGGAACACCGGGGACGGUCUACCGACGUGGUAGCCGGAAUCAGAACACGCCGCCGUCAGGUAGCACUGUCCGACGAGGUAGUGGAAGACGUCCUGGAUCUCAGAGCGUGUUACCUUCUUGGUAUCCACGUACUCCUCUUGGUGACAUCACUCAUGUCGUUCGGGCCAUUGAGAGAAGAAGAGCGCAUUUGGUAGAUGGCGGAGGUCAAGUUUUGGGGAGCCCAACCCCAAUAAGGAUUGAUCAUCAGCCUGCUGUUCAUGAUCCUUCACCAUUAGGUGCUCACCUCGAGCACGAGCUUUCUUUAGUGACCCCAAAUCCCAAAUUAGCAACGAAGACAUUCAGACCACCGCCAUUGAAGAUAUUCAUAGACGUUACAAAUCAAGAUGGCGGAGAUUCAGAGUUUCUGACACCUCAAAAGAAGCUGCUAAACUCCAUUGACAUUGUUGAGAAGGUGGUGAUGGAGGAAUUGCACAGAUUGAAGAGAACCCCAACUGCUAAAAAAGCUGAAAGGGAGAAAAGGGUCAGGACUUUGAUGUCAAUGCGUUAGAUGGCGGAAUCUUUUUGUAGAAUCUUUCUUAGAUUCAGUGUGUAGUGAAAGAAGAAGGCUCUACUCUCGUUGAGCACCAUGAGGAUCGGUGAGACAUCAGAAUCAGAUCAACUGCUGAAGAUAUUUCUUGUAUCCAUAGGCGUUUACUUUUUGUAAUAGAUUUGUUCAAAACUGUUGAUUCGAGUAAUAGAAUUUUUGGC